GCGCGGUGUUCCAACCUGACACAGACAGCCGCAACAACUCAACCUGUUGACGGGAGACGAGAGAGUGAGCCCCUUUCUCCGAAAACAACCCGAUAAACAACCCGAUAACGACGGCGGUGCCUUCACAACGGACGAACCCCUUCCUCACAGCCCGAGUGCUCCUUCCCCGACGCCCUCGAAUGCAAGAAUCCCAGCAGCCUCAAGGCCAGCUUCCGUUCGCCGACGAAAAGAUGGACGACAUCAAAAGAUACCCGACGCCAACCAGGGGCCGGUCCCUUUCCACCACCCGACGGAGUCGCUCGUGUAUCACCAUGGCCAUCGUCGGAGCCUGCUUCUUCAUGUUCCUCGUCCACAUCCGCCCCCUGGGGAGCGUCCAGGUGCCCGUGCAGACAAGCCCGACAGCACCCGCACCCACGACUCCGAACCCUCCAGCAAAGGCCGCCAACCUGGUGCAGCUCGAGGCCCAUAUCAUGAGCAAAUGCCCAGACGCGAGGGACUGCCUGAAGCAGAUGGUGCUCCCAGUCAUGGAAAGGGCCUACGACAAGGUCAACUUCACCCUGUCCUUUAUUGGAACUCCUGACGGCGACAGUGGCGUCGCCUGCAAACAUGGCCCGGCCGAAUGCAUGGGCAACAUCCUCGAGCUCUGCGCCGCCGAGCUCUACCCGGACCCCAAGACCUACCUCGGCUUCACCAUGUGCAUCUCAAACGACUACCGCAAUAUCCCCAAGAAGGAACUCGUUGAGGAGUGCGCCCUAGAGCACGCUCUCGAUCUCAAGGCCCUCAACGACUGUGCGACCAAAGACAACGGCGCUUACGGCACUGAUAUGCUCAGGGAGAGUGUUCAAAGAACUGAAAAGGCCGGCGUGACCCUGAGCUGCACCGUGAGGCUUGCGGACGAGGUUUGGUGCAUCCGCGACGGAGGGGAAUGGGUCGAGUGCCCGCAGGGCCCGGGGGUCAACGAACUGGUGGCGGCUAUUGAGAAGAAGUACCAGUCCUCUUGAGGGGCUCGUAGACCUCGGUCCACAGCUCGCUCGCCUCGCCGAGCGUGUAGCUCAGCGGCACCGAAUCCAUACCCGCGUCCUCCCCG